AUGAAGCAUGAUGAUGGUGAUGAUGAUGAUGAUGAUCACAAUACAUGCUUGAAGAAUGACAACAACAACAGCCCAUUUCACUUGAUGAAUCAAUUUCAUACAGAUAUACACAAGUUCAUGUGGUCUUAUUGUUCUUAUGAAUACUUGACACAAUUUCUCGAAUCUGGCAGUGGUGACUGUCUUCUUGCAAAACCCAGAGAAAAAUUUGAUGAAACAAGAUAUGGACAUUUAGGUGAACAGUAUUCACUUACGAAAAUGUGUGAAUUUGCAUUUGGCCCAAAAUAUUAUGCACUUGAACUGAAUGAUCGUGACAAAUGUGGAACAUUUUUGUGUUAUGACAAUACAAGUUGGUGGUAUACUUGGUCUAGCCGUCCGCUUAUGGUACCAGAUGGCACAACUUGUGGUGAUAAUAAAAUAUGCUAUGCAGGUGAAUGUAUCUCGUCAAAUGAAAUAAAACCCAUCAAUGGUGGAUGGAGUGAUUACGGAGAUUUUGGUGAAUGUUCAAGAACAUGUGGUGGUGGUAUUAAAAUGAAAUAUCGAUAUUGUAAUAAUCCAACACCCAUGUACGGUGGUCAAUAUUGUUUGGGAAAUGAAAUAUAUUAUGAAAUUUGUGCUACUGAUAAAUGCCCUAAAGAAGAACCACAAGAUUUUAGAGUAAUACAGUGUGUUGAAAUUAUAAAAGAAGAGAUCGAUAGAAUGGAUCUUUCAAGUUUAUUGUCAGCAUUGAUGACAUUGAUUGUCAACUGGAGAACAAAAUUAGCUUAUGAAGAUCCUAACGAGCCUUGUGUAUUGUAUUGUAAAAAUUUCAACGAUGGUGAUUAUUAUCGACAAAAUCAAAUGAUAAUUGAUGGCACUCCAUGCAAAAACGACAAUUCUCAUAUGUGUGUUCAAGGUGUAUGCAAAAAAUAUGGAUGUGAUUAUAAAUUAGACUCAACUGCUGAGCUAGAUAUUUGUGGUGUUUGUAAUGGAAAUAGUUCUGAUCUCAAUGAAUGUCCCCAGUGGGUCACUGGGCCAUGGUCACCUUGCUCAGUUACUAUUGGUGAAGGUGAAGAAGUAAGACAAGUUACAUGUCAAAUUGGAAAUACAAUAAUUGAUAAUUCAUCUUGCAAAAGAUCAAUGCCUGUCAAUAAGAAAAUUUGCAAAAAAUAUUCUUCUAUUGAUAAUAUUAAAAAUGAAUCGCUUCCAACUAAAAUGUUUAAAUUUUAA